AUGGAGACUCGUUCUAAAAGUAAACGUAUAGGGCCGCUGCCCGGGGGCGAUCGCCGGGGCGCACCUGGAGCUGACGCUGGGUGUCUCAGCAUGCGAACCGUCAGCGGUGAGGAGUUGAACAGGCGGGCUCCCACCGACAAAGAUGCUACAGCCGAAAUCAUUGACGAUGGUGACAGACUGACGGACAGGACGGACACUCCUGUAGAACAGUAUAGUACAAGCACAGUAUCAUACACACCCUCAAGACCAUCCAUACCAUCGUCACCAACACUUUCAUCAUCCUCCAUCAUUAGUUUAAAUACAGUUCCACCCACUUCGACCUUGAAUGCUGCACGGGGGGUAUCUACCUUCUUACCCGCGUCCACCAAGGCUGGAAAAGCAAGAGUUCGCAUGAGAUGGAGUAAGGAAGUAAACAUAUUUAUCAUGCGAACCUACUUCCACAUCACCAAAUUAGAGACCGACAUGACCACAUACAGACAGCAAUUGCAUGAACGUUUUACAAGACAAUACCCAGAAAUAAGUGUUACAGAACAACGUAUUUCCGAUCAAAGAAGGACAAUAGUAAGAAAUAAACUUUUACCUCAAGAAGUAAUAGAUCAGCUAAAAGAAGAAGUACGUGCACAGUUGCAAGAUUUAAACCAAAAUCCUAUUCCAGAAACGCAUACACCAAAUGAAAAUGCUCUACAAAUACCAACACAAUCACUCUCUCAAAUGCAACAUAACACACAAUCUCAAUCUUACAAUCAAUCACAAGCAUACUCACAAAGUAUACAUAGAUCGAACAUAUCCACACAAACCGAGAGCAUAACCCUAAUGAUAGAAAAUGAUAUUGAGACUUUAGGAAAUCUCGAUCAAAAUCAGUUAUCAGAAACGUACAUCCAAGAAAUACACGACAAACUGAAAACCGCUCUAAUUCAAUAUUCAGGUAUGGAUCCAGCAGCUCGCCCAAAACUACCCAAGCUUAAAUACACCCCAAAACUCUCUUACCUUGUACAUUUAUUUAAUCGUAUCAUACUAAACCAAUAUAUAUCCGAAGACACACAACUUCUAGAUGUACACACAUUGAUAUAUUGCACAGCGUUAGUCAUUUCUGAAGAACUUAAUUAUAAAAUAACAGAAUACACAGGUAGCACAAGAUCAAAAGUCAUAAGCAAACCAGCUUGGCAACAGAGACUCGAAAGAGAUAUAGAAAAAUUGCGAGCUGAUUGCGGUAGACUAACACAAUAUAUCAACAAUAACAGAUCUAACAAAGUAGUCAAAAGAGUCGAGGCAAUAUUUAAAAACAUGGCCACCCACACGAGACAUGAAAACGACAAUAGAAAACCCGAAGAAUUCUUAGAUACUUUAAAACAGAAGCUCGCGCUAAAAGUCCAUAGGAUGAGAAGAUACAAGAAGGCACAAGAACGCAAAAAUGAUAACGCCAUGUUUGCUACUAACGAAAAGCACUUUUAUAGAAAUUUACAGAAACCACAAAUAGACGUAACAACUGACACCAACACCGAACUACCAACAUCAGAACAAUUGGAAACAUUCUGGUCAAGUGUAUGGGAAGAACAAGUGCAGCAUAAUGAUAAAGCUGGUUGGAUAGCAGAUGAAGAAUCUAAGUGGAGCGCACUAGAAGAAAUGGAAUUCAUAGAGAUAUCUGAAUCUGAUAUAAAUAGUAUUACAGCAAAACUACACAACUGGAAAUCCCCUGGCAUUGAUAAAGUUCAUAAUUACUGGUACAAAAAACUAGACUCAUUACACAAAAUUAUCGCUAAAAACUUAACAGACAUAAUUUUAGGACAACAAAAUGUACCUGAAUUUAUUGCAACAGGAAUAACUUACAUGUUACCGAAGUCUCAAUACUCUCCACAACCGUCCCAAUACAGACCAAUUACUUGCCUACCGACAAUAUACAAGAUCCUAACCUCAGUAAUCACUGCUAAAAUCAAUAAACACAUAGAAAACCACAACAUAAUAGCGGAAGAACAAAAAGGGUGCAGACGAGGCCACAUGGGGUGCAAGGAACAAUUAAUUAUAGAUUCAAUAGUCCACAAACAUGCUGCCACAAAAAAUAGAAACCUUCAUUGUACCUACAUAGAUUACAAAAAAGCUUUUGAUAGUAUUCCACACUCUUGGUUAAUUCAAGUAUUACGAAUAUACAAAAUAAACCCAAAAAUAAUAGACUUCUUACAUCAUAUCAUGUCCCGCUGGAAAACUACACUCCAAUUGAAUUACCACGACAAUAUCGUAAGAACUCGGCAGAUAUUUAUUAGGAAAGGUAUUUAUCAAGGUGACUCCCUGAGUCCUCUAUGGUUCUGCCUCGCACUGAACCCUCUAUCUCACCUACUGCAUCAGUGCGAAGCCGGAUAUAGACUCAAACACAACACCACAGAAGAUAUCACUAUCUCACACCUCAUAUAUAUGGAUGACAUUAAAUUAUACUCAAAAACAGAAAAAGAAAUGAAAAAAUUAAUAGACACUAUAACAGAAUUUAGUAAAGACAUCAACAUGCAGUUUGGACUAGAUAAAUGCAAAACACUACACAUAAUAAGAGGCAAAAUAAAACCAGGCGACUAUACAAUUAACACUACUGAUACAAUCACUGCUAUGGAACCGAAAGAUCUAUAUAAAUAUUUAGGAUACAAACAACUCAAAGGACUAGACCAUACAGCAAUUAAACACACACUGAAUACGGAAUAUAAACGGAGAGUAACCGCAGUAUGCAAAACACAUCUCGCUGGAAAACAUCUAAUUAAAGCAUUAAAUAGCUACGUGAUCCCAAUAUUAACCUACUCGUUUGGAGUGAUUAAAUGGUCUAAAACUGACAUCCAGCAAAUAGAAAGAACCACACGCACCACACUUACAAAACACAAUAAUUUACACCCUAAAUCCGCAAUAGAAAGACUCACAAUAAAACGACAAAAUGGAGGGAGAGGCCUAAUAGACAUUCAUCACCUUUGGCAGAAACAAAUUAAUAGCCUCAAAACAUUCUUUCACAAUAAAUCUCACACUAGUGAUAUCCAUAAAGCCGUAGCCCUAAAUGAUUUUAACUACACUCCACUUAACCUAAAUGAACAAACAGAUACACAACACAAUAACACUAAUGACCCACAAAAACAAAAGUUAGAGGACUGGAAAAAGAAAGUCCUACACGGACGACACCCACAUGACCUGGAACAACCACAUGUAGAUUCAGUAGCAUCAAAUAAAUGGCUUAAAAUUGGCAACCUAUUCCCGGAAACUGAAGGGUUUAUCAUCGCUAUACAAGACCAGAUCAUCAACACUAAAAACUACAGGAAAUAUGUCAUUAAAGACCCCACAGUAACCAACGACAAAUGCCGUAAGUGCUUCACCCAACCAGAGACAAUACAACACAUAACAGGGGCAUGUACAACUCUCACACAGACAGACUACACUCACAAACACAACCAAGUAGCAAACAUCAUUCAUCAAAAACUAGCACUCAAACAUAAACUUAUACAAGACACAAACACACCCUACUACAAAUAUACGCCACACACAGUUUUAGAAAAUCCUACACACAAACUCUACUACGACCGCGCAAUACUUACCUAUAGGACCAUUCACUAUAAUAGACCAGACAUAACACUACACGAUAAAGUAAGUAAAAUAACCUACCUAAUAGAUAUUGCAAUACCCAACACACAUAACUUACAAAAAACAAUAGGCGAGAAGAUAAGCAAAUAUGCAGAGCUUAAAGAAGAAGUGACCAGAAUUUGGAGACAAAAUAAAGUUUAUAUAGUACCCAUAGUCGUCUCCACCACGGGCGUUAUACCCAACCAUCUCCACCAUAGCCUCAAAUUAAUAGACCUGAAAGACUCAACAUAUAUUAUACUCCAAAAAGCCGCAAUUUUAAAUACCUGUCGAAUUGUAAGAAAAUUCAUGCAAUUGGAAGAAAAUGAAAUAGUUACCCAGAACACAUAA